AACUUAAAAAACUUUUACUACUACUAUUUCUAUAAAUGUAAAAAUAAAAUACCAUUAGGUUAUAUAGUAAAGUAAUUAAAGUAGUAAAAUUAGCUUUUUGAUGAUAUAGCCUUUUUUUUUUUUUUUUUUUUACAUUUGAGCCCCUGCCCCUGAGGAACUCUCUGCACGUCCCUGAUAGUGUGUCUUUUGGGACACAACUUUCAUUGUUUUCCUAACAGUUUUGAAGAAUUUUCACAUUUUAUUCUAAUCUGUGCCUCUUUUAUUUCUAAACCCUAUCAUAUUUUAAUCCUAAAUGAUUUUUUUUUAGGACAGAGCCAUUCUUAAAAUGCAUUAGCAAGAAUGAAAGAGAGAAAGGAGAGAGACGACUCCUAACGAGUCGACUCUUCUCUGAACGACUCUUCUCUGAACGACUCAUCACCAUUAAUCGGUACUGUCGCUUUAAGGAAACUCCACUGCCGUCUUGUGGACAAAGUUGUUGUUGUUUUUUUUAAAAAUCGACGUACAGUUUUGAAGCAAGCUUGUGUGUAUUUUUUUCCCUGCUGUUUUCACUCGGUGAUUAGGACAUCGGAGUAAAAACCAAACAAGCGCGUUGUGCAAGAGGAGCCGCAUCAAUUAAAUGACAGUCCUAAUGGAGGUGAUGUGGAUGUGAACAUGUCGGUCAUGAUCGAGGAGACUUUUCAGCUGACCGGGAUUUGACAAUCUGAUACCACUGACACUUCAGUGUGUGGGUUUUUUUUUUUUCCUUUUCACUGUCGGAUGACAGCGACGAUCGAUCGGACUGUAGGAGCAGAAUCAGUGUGUGUAAAGUCAGUGAUGAGAGUGUUGUAUUGAAUUCAGUAACGAGGUCUAGUUUGGGUUUGUUCGGUUGAUUAGGUGUGAAUGCGUGAGAAGGCUUAGCUCCUGUACGCUGCUCAGACCACUUGUUGAAAUUUCGGGAAAGUUUACACUUGUCAGUGCACAAAAACAAAAACAAACUUUUCGUUUGUUAUUGUUUUUUUUUUGUUGUUGUUGUUGCUAGUAUAGCCUCGGUAUAUUGCUUUGUCUCGGUGCCUACAAUCCCUUGAGUUACUCGCCUAAUAACUUUGACAUCUACAAGACGGAAGGAGUUGAAUGGUGAUAACUGGCUGCUGCGGCGGCGCGGGUUGUUAGCUUUGCACUUCGGACACUUUUCGGUGUUGGGGUUAAAUUAGCAGGCUAGCAAGAAAGCUAGCUGAACAGUUCAAAAAGAGUUCCGCGAAAGCAUUUGAACCCACAAACAGUUUGCCCAAGCCACGCUUUUAACAACUGACUGGAGUGUGUAGCUGAAUUGUCAAGUUUUAGUUGUCGGGUUGAAUUGAAUGUAGUUAGCUGGCUAUUUAGCUAACGAGCUAAGGCUUAACUUGCGAGCUAGAAAAGUUGCUGUUGAGUUGCUAUAUUUAGCGAAGUGUUCGAUAAAAUACUUGCGUUAUUAUUACCCAUUCAUAAAUAUACGUUUCUAGGUGUAUAUAUUGGGAAAUAAUCUUGACCGCUGUAAAGAGAGCGCAAAUGGAGGAAAUGAUGCAGAUACGAGCUAGCGUUAGCUGCCAAGCUACGCGGGUGUAGCUACCGCGGAUAAACCGGCUAACGAAUCAGGGCAGUUGAUAAAAAGUUUAUAUAUACUGCGUUAAUAAUUUAGAAUUGCCCAUAUUGCUUAUUUUUCACCCAUAUAUGCUAAUUUAGAUAUGAAAAUAAUACUGUGUUUUUAGUUUAGACAGGUAACAAGUGUCCGCCCCCCCCCCCCCCGGACUGAGUUUGACAGCUGACGUUUCCGACUUUAUUUAUUUUUCUCAAAAAAUGAUUUGCAUCUCGAACGUACAGGAAUGUCCACCAUGGGAGGACAGCUGAAACCUGUUUGAGAUUGAACUGCAAGCACACAGCCAGUGGACAUUUGUUUUUUGCUGCGAAGUCGGUCUGUAAACUCUUGCGGCCUUCAUAAUGUCCGGAUCCCCGGGCUCGAGUAGCUCCUCUAACCCGAGGAAGUUCAGCGAGAAGAUCGCGCUGCAUAACCAGAAACAAGCGGAGGAGACGCGGGCCUUCGAGCAGCUUAUGACGGACCUCACCGUUUCAAGGGUGCAGUUCCAGAAACUCCAGCAGCUCCGUUUAUCUCAGAACCGUGCCCAGUACUAUGGUGGUUCCCUGCCCAACGUCAACCAGAUUGGCAAUGCCAGCACUGAUUUCCAGGGCACCUUUCCCUCUGGCCUCGACUCUGUGAGAGGCACCAGACACCACGGUCUGGUAGAGAGAGCAGUCCAAAGAGACCGCAACCGCAUCAAUUCACCACACCGCAGACCUAUCGACAAACAUGGACGGCAGGCAGAGAGUUCUCCUUAUGGAACAGUGUACCUGUCGCCUCCCCCAGACAACAGCUGGAGAAGGGAACAGCAGCCAUGGACCGAAGAGAAACGGCCUGGGUUUAGAUUAAUAUCACAACUCAACAGAACCAACUCAGAUUCAGCGCUGCAUACGAGUGCGAUGAACCCAAACCCGCAGGACCCGUUCAGCGGGAACCAGCAGACGGGCAGAGGGCCACCCCAGCGCAACGCCAGCAUGAAUGAAGCAGAGGUGGAUGGCACAGGAGAUGUCUUUUCUUUCCCUGCUGUUCCUAAUGAGGAGAGUCUUAUUGGUGUGAGUAAACCAUUGCCCAGGCAGCUGUGGGAGGCCAAAAAGGUGCAGUCCCUUUCAUCACGGCCCAAAUCUUGUGAAGUGCCUGGUAUCAAUAUAUUCCCAUCUCCGGAGCAGAAUGUUGGUCUCUCUCACUACCAGGGCACAUUAAAUACAGGCGGCUCUCUACCGGACCUCAGUAACCUGCACUUCCCCUCUCCUCUCCCCACCCCCCUUGACCCUGAGGAGGGGGGCUACCCCAACCUGAGCGGAGGCAGCAGCACAGGAAACCUGCCUGCUGCAAUGAUGCAUCUUGGAAUCGGAAAUUCUCAGGGUCUGUCGACCUCUCUGAGCAACCCUUCCAUCCAUUCUUCUUUGCGGCUUUCCUCACUCAACAGCCCUCCUUCAGGGGGCAUGGCCACCUCGCCCAGGCGACGACCAGCUCCCAUCAGCCCCCUGACGCUCUCUCCUGGCUCUGAGCAGCGCCGCAGCCUGGGGAAGCAGCUCUCACCUACUAUGUCUCCCUCCCUCUCUCCAAUCACACAGGGGGUCCCCUUGGACACCAGCAACCUGCCAAUGGAGCCGCCUCCUCCCUACCCUCUCUACCAGCAAUCUCAGCAGGCCUUACAGCAGCAGUCAACCCAGUCCCAUCCAUCCAAGCUCCAACAGCGCCAGCCUCAGGGAGGACAGCAGCAGCAGCCUGUUUCCCCUUUGCAGAACGUUAACAUGGACUUCAACUCCAGUGCUCCAAACAACAUGAGUGUUUUCUUCAACGAUCCAUUCCUGGAGCAGCAGUUCUCUGGUCGCCAGUCCAAGUGUCCAUCCUACCAGCAGGACCAGUAUAAUAUGCUGGAGUAUGCCAUGAGCUCCAUGGCAGGAGGAUUUGACCCCUCCUCUAACCUUUACUACUCCCAAGCUUCGCUUAUGGGCCUGAGCGGUAGCCAUGGCAACCUGCAGGACCCCUUGCAGAUGAAGGCUAACAUGCUGUACUCUAACUGUGGAGGUGCAGUACCCAAUAUCAUACUCACAGAUGAGUCAAGUCCUAGUGUGCCCGAUUGUUUUGAUACGGACGGGGUCUUCCCCCUGGAGGACGAGCUUCGCAUUGAACCUCUCAGCCUGGAUGGACUGAGCAUGCUCAGUGACCCCAACAUGGUCCUGUCCGACCCCUCAGUGGAAGACAGCUUUCGCAGUGACAGACUCUGAGGAGCUGCAUGUGUGCAUGCAUAUUCAUUCUCUCUAUGUCUUUCUCUCUCUCUCUCUCUCUCUCUCUCUCUCUCUUUCUCUCUCCCUAACACAAACAAACUCGCUUGAGACAGGAUGUCCGAUGCUGCGUAAAACUCCAGCAGCAGAACCCAAUCAUACUUUACACGCGUUCGCACACAAUACAAAAACAUACGGCCCUUUAUUCCCCUCACACGCAUACACUACAGCUUCAUGUACAGUGACUGGUGAGAUGUUCACACGUUACUGUGACUCACAGGAGCAUCGUCUCUCAGGGGCCAUUCUCACUCUAUGUUCUCCAUCUGCCACUCGAGACAGUGAUGACUGUGAUAUUCACAGUGAGCACACUCAAUGAAUUCUCUCUGAAUGCUUCAUACACCCGUUUUCCAUCCACACACACACACACACACACACACACACACACACACACAGGAAGCCUGGUCCAGGACUAAAAAGAUCUUUUAAUCAGUGGCCAGUCCAACAUCUGGCUGGGAAUUGAUGAAUCCCUCCAGCAUUCUGAAAAACAAAUACAAAUGGAAAACAUGUGCAUAAAUGUGCAUUACAUCUUUGUGGGUGUAGUUUUUUUGUUUAUUUGUUUUUUUGCAUAACUACCUUUCAGGAGUAAUUAUACAGCGGCACUGUGGUUGUUAUUAUUUCGAUCUUUAAUCGCUUCUAACUCACCUUGUUAAAAAGAACCUGUUUGAAUCAAAAGCGAUCGUAAUCAACCUGACAAUCAGCACUGUCAAAUGGAUGCAGCUUUGCAACACAAGACUUGUCUGACCUGCUCCACCACGUCGUAGGUCUCUAAUGGCUAUAACCAAAAGAAUGUGCUAUUCUUACAUUCAGAAAGCCAUGUUUGCUUUCAGGCACGAUUGUUAGAAAUCAGAAACGGUUUCCGAUUGUAUGCCAAAUAGCGGCCGACUGCGGGGCCUAUCCAGCACUGUCCAGUCUGCAGUGUGUGAUAGUAUAUAGAGAAAGAGCGAGAGAUGGAGAGAGAGAGAAUACACAACAGCGUGGUGCAUUGUGGAACAGAAGGAGCCAGCAAUCUGCCUGAUCGCAGCUCAUAUUGAUGCACCACAUGCACUGUGUAUGUGCACCAGCAGGGUGGGUCGAGCCAUUUCCCUCCCUCCAGACCGCAUAACACGAGCUUAAGGGUUUCAGUGAAUUCUGUCCCUCAGAGAUACAUUUUACAAAUGGAGAGAUGAGGGAAUCAGGCUUUUCUGUACAGAGCAUUAUUUUUCAAAUUUCUUUGCUUAUAUAGUUUUUGUAUUGAAGAAAGAAAGAAAUGUUUAAUCACAAAUACGUAUGCCUCAUAAUUUCAAAAAGGGAAAACUGUUUACAAAAAAGUUUAAGAACUAAAACUUAUAAGUAGGAGUUAAAAUUUCUAUGAUUUUGGUAUCAUUCUGGAAGAGUAUAUUUGUAUCUUUUAUUGGUCCGGUCUGUGAAUGGAAGCCCUCUUCAUGCUUUUGGCUAUGCAGAAUUUAGUAUCGAGAGUAAACUCAAGGCUGGAACAUCCCAGAUCAUGAGAAAGGAACUAUUUUACCUGUAUAUUUAAUACUAUAUACCAGUUCUAUAUGUUCACUUUAUACAUUUUAUACUGACUUGUAAUAUGUGUUGUAUGUUGUUUUUUUUGUUUGUUGUUUUUUUUUUAUCUGUCAAUCUGUCAAGCUCUGAGUUUACUAUGUCCUUUUUUUGUGUGAAUGAUUUGUGGUGGUUUUAUGAACGCUUGGCCUGCAUUCCCUCUGUGGUCAGAAUGUUUAAUUGUGGACAUGGUACACAUUAAGCAUUGCAUUUAUUGCAGGCUUUGAAAUGUUUGCACUGAUCAUCAGAAGGAACCAUACACUUUUUUUUUUCUUUUUAUGAGGGACUGAAUA